AUGGACCCUCUCACAUUCAAAGCUCGGGGUUGGUUCUGGCACAUGAUGCGACUUUAUGCUUCUUACGAGGAUGAGCAUCUUCGGGCUUAUUUGGACUCCACCCACGUCUUUUCGGUGAGCAUUACCAAGCGUCGCGCCAAUCGGUACUUGGGUGCGUUUUACACUAAUCGCAGGCAGCGUCGAUCAAGCGCCGAUGCCCGGUGGAAAUCGUUCCUUCAGCAGGUGCUGAUCGGCUUGCUCCAGGGUUACUGCGACCUCGACUUGUUGCUGGAUCCCUUCUUAGGUGCUUGGUACCCUGGAAUCGAAUGCGGAGCCGAUCCCGCGGACCUACUGAAGGCGUUGGCUGAUACGGAUGCGGCCGAUCGCUGGCACAACCACUUUUGCGACGUGCCAGAGGACCAUCCAGCGCUUGUCUGGCAAGUUCGUGUCCUUCUCUUCCUGGUAGCGCCCUGCCGUUAUGUGUUGGCUAGCAACUUGUAG